UCUUGCUUUCAAACCAAAAUCUAUACACAUCAAAAUACUAUAAAUAUCUCUAGUGUGUAAACCAUCAUGCUUUCUGACACACCCACAGCUGCCUACCAAGAUCUUGUCCUGACCAUUAACAGCACAUUAAACAGUGCAACCUGUACGGCACAUGGAGGAUACCCUGAACCUGAAGUGAAAUGGACUGGUCAAAACAAAUUCAGCAGUGAACAACUGAAACUGAAGGAUGCUCAGACGUCCCAUCAGCAGCAUCCAACCAAGAAAACCUUCUCUGUCACAAGCACCGUCAGUGUCAAAGAGCUGCAGUCUGUAACCUGCCACGUGUAUAAUCCUCACUCCAAACAGCAGAUUAAGAACACCGCAGUGAUUGAUGCUCCUGGUAAGGAGCUGCUGAGUAUAAUAUGUGUAUCAAUUGGAGUCAUUGCUGCCAUAUUAUUAUUUGUGUGUGUUUUCUACAGAAGACGUAAAAAAUCAGAGGAGGAGCGUCAGCAAGCAGUAAACCAAGAAGACUUAGCAGCCAAUGAAGUUCCAGCUGACGGCAAUGCUCCUCAUGGUCCUUCCAACUCAUCAGAAGGUGAUGUUUCUGAGGGCAGAGUUUUACUAAACCAUCAAACUGUGUCUAGCCAUUUCUCUGUGAAGCGGGAUGCAGACGAUGCUUCCAAUGAGGACACCACUGCUGCUGCUGUUACUGCUGAUACAGAAGAGAAAACAAAGCUAUUAAGUGACAGCAAAGAAGAUUCAGAUGAAACAAAAUCCACAGAAAGUGACAAAGACAAAUGAAUCAGAUCUGGGAUCAGAGCUGGUGCAGGCAGGGAGGCAACAGCAGAAGUUAAAGGGUUAUGGCAGGAAACUGCUAACACCUACAGUAUGUGCAAAGAUUUUCCUUCAUACAUCAGAGUGGAGAGAAGUUUAAACAGAUGUGUGUUGUGUUUGUGUCCCACUCUAUGUCCCUAAUUACAGAAAGAGUGAAACACAUGAACUAUCCCACCCUGCUUAAUAGACGGGUUUAUGAGAAAUGUCAUGAGUGUUAAAGGGGGCAUAUUCUGCUUUUUGUGAUUUUCUAACAUUCAUGUACUGUUAUGAUGUUUGAUGUUAAAAAUGGUCAAAGUUCCAAAACUUGAGGUGAACAUAUGUAAAAAUGCUCCCUGUGAGACAAAACCCAGGUUUCAUCUGCCCUGGACGCUUCGUUUGCAAAGUUUUUUUAACUUUCCAGGUGAGAUGAUGUCAGCUUGUUGAGCAUGUCCAUAAACAGCCGUCCGUUCUGUAAUCUUUGUUGUUGAGGUCGUUGGUGUUGUUGAAAGUCAUAUUCUGGAUCAGAUUCAGGCUCGAAUAUGAUGUUGAUGUUGUCUGUUUCUAUUAUCAUGUGACUGAAGUUCCACUCUUAGGACAGAUGGUGAGAUGCAGUUAAAAGCUCUAAAUAGUCAGUGGACCUUUUGAGCUGAGAUUAUUUGUUACACAUACUGUUCCUAAAGGUCAAGAAUGAACUUUAAUACUCAAAUUUAACAGGUCUGCUUACAAUGGUUAGAAUGUGUUUAUUACUACUGUAGCUCUAAGAACAUACCAUCAUGUUGAAGGCUUGACCACAAAAGGAAAUUUAAUGCCAUCACCUCUCUGCUGUUGGUGUGACACCCCCCACACUGCAGUCAUAACCAGAAUCAGAUUUACAGCUCUUAUAAGAAACUAUCUCAUCCCUGUAAAUGACAUUAUUCAUAAAAGUAUCAAAGUUCCCACUAGAAGGAGCAUGUGGCUCCUCCUUGUGGUCAGUUUAAUAAGCCAAGUAUGCAGCAUACAAAGACUGUGUCUUGGUGUUUGUUCACAUAAAUGCAACAUAGAAAAAUAAAAACAGAACAAAAGUAAAGUAAUAUAAAUAAUGAAAUAAAGUAAUAAAAUUGAAUUAAAAAUUUAAUCUGUUAUCUAUUAUCUACUAUUAUUUAAAUAGAAUAAUAAUUGAGAAAUGGGAUAUAAAACUUGAAAUGAAAUAUUGACUGUACAAAGGAAAUGUGAGAGAAAAAAUGUGACAUACAAUA